AUGUGCGUCCAGCAUUUCUCGCGUCUUUCGAAUAGUCACUCCUUUUUCCUACAACAGAAAAGGAGAAACUUCGUCGCCUUACACAAUUCAGCGAUAAAUGUUUUCCUAAAAAGGUCUUUAAUCUGCAACGUGCGUCUCAGUCAGCAGCAUCAGCAGCAUCAGCAGCAGCAGUACCGCCACCAACAGCAGCACCAUCCGCGCCGGCAGUUCACCCAAUCGAGCAAUUUUUUCAAUUUAAAAAAAAGUGUUAGAUAUGUGCACAGCCUCCGCUCCACGGACCGAAAAAACGCCCUCCUCGAAAAGUGCCUUUUUUACCUGACCCAAAAGUACCACUUGCAAACGCAGAUAAGAAGCGCCAUCAAAAAAAAGCAAAACAUUCGUUUGGUUAAGAGGAAGAAAAGGAAGGAACAUCGCAACUAUUUUAAGUAUGGAAUAGAGGCCAGUCGCAAAAAGGGGAAUUCGCAACAGGGGAGCGGCAGGGCGGAGGGGAACCAACUGAUUAAUCAAAAUGGGGAGGCUCCUCGACACGCCCUUUUUGGAAACAACAUAACGAGGGACAGACCCACCCAAUGGGGAAGACCCACCCAAUGGGGAAGCCUCACCAACGUUAGCUCCUUCCACACGAAGGUAAUCAAACAUCGAAGGGGCGCCAACCUGAGGAGUGCCCAUCUGAUGGGUAGAAUAGCGAGGAGGAGCAGACAGGUCGAAACGUCCAACGAGCAGGGGGAAUUCCCCCCCAGUGGGAGAUCGCCUCUCCACCAUGAGAAGAAGACGAAGGGGUCUGAGCGUGGUCAGCCAGGCGGCGAAGGCGCAGCCGCGCAGGGAAAAGGAGCAACUUACGGAAUUGACCCAAGCGAGGCAAACCUAAACGAGGCAAACGUAAGUGAUACAAACCUAUGUGAUACAGGCCCACCCCCCAAUCCACACAGCAGCUCAGACCACGCACACUCAAGCAAAAAGAGCGACAAACUGGUGUCCAAAAAGGGAGACUUCUACAGCUGCAAAGAUGCCGAAAAACCGUUUGAAGAAAAAACCCACGAAAAGGGAGAAAUGAAUAUAAAGAGGCACGACUUAAUCUUAGUAGCCCUCUCAGGGUGCAUCCCCUUCAUCUGUUUCGGCUUCGUCGAUAACUCCUUUAUGAUUAUUGCAGGGGACCUCUUUGAUUCUACCUUCUGCGUCUUCCUAGGAUUCAGCACCCUGGCUGCAGCAGGCUUGGGGAAUCUAACGAGUGACGUUUUGGGCAUCUUCAUUGGAGGGUACAUAGAAAAAGUCAUCGUCUACGUAGGGUUCCCCAGGAUAAACUUAACCAAUAAGCAACUCAAAAUGAACAGAACUAGACGGUAUUACUACAUCGGAAGUGCCAUAGGGAUAGCCAUAGGAUGUCUGCUUGGCAUGAUUCCUCUUCUCUUUAUUGAUAGUAACAAAUUGGAAGAAAAAAAAAAGAGACAAAAAAAAAAAAAAAAAAAUAACCAGCUAGCCAAUUUGGAUAAGACUCUCUUCCAGUUAGUUUCCACUCAACUUCCAAAUUUUGUAAAUUCAAAUUAUGCCUUUUUAUUUGUUGUGGAUGAAGCCGCUCGGAAUUUUUACUCUCUCGUCAAUUCCGACGUUGUCCGCUUACCCCUUGAUGAGGACAUCAUUGGACAUGUAUAUAAAAAUGGGAAACUUAUCAACUACGAAAGAGGGAGCCUCAUGAAAAACUUCGCCCAUUCGUAUAAGCCGAGCAUGAAGGAGGAGACAGUCGGGGAAGAUCAGCAUGCUACGGGGGGAACAAAUGGAGAGGCAAAACUAUCCCUCUCAGGGGAGGAACCCCAAGGGGGUAGGAACGGUGGGAAGUCUCUGCAUUUUCUCAAAAAUCAGGACUUCUACAUCGACAAUGAGAGGAUUGACGUCCAUCAGGUGAUUGCCGCCCCGGUGUUUGGCCUAGACGAAUCCAUCAUCGCCGUCGUGGUGGCGCUCAACGCGAAGGACAAAGUUUCCUUCACCGACAAGGACGCCCAGUUCCUCAGCAUGUUCUGCUCGCACCUUGCGCAGGAGCUGGAGGGCGCGAAGGGGCUGCCCGGCACCCUAAGGUGA